AUGACCGGUCCUCCGUCCCCCAAGCGCCAGCGCACAGACGCGCACGAGUCGACCGAGAAAGAGCUCGAGAAGAUGAAGCAGGUGCUCGAGUCCGUGCAGCAGGUGGAGGAGGAGCUCGAGAAGGUGAACGUGGAGCAGGCCAAGGAGAUCCUCGUGAUCGAGACCAAGUACAACGCCAAGAAGCGCCCUACGUACAUCAAGCGCAACGAACUGCUGACGGAGAUUCCCCACUUUUGGAAGAAAGUGUUUGUGAACCAUCCGCUGGUAGGCAACUAUUUCACCAAGGACGACGAGAUGCUCAUGGACUACCUGCAGACGUUUGACGUCACGUUUGUCGGUGACGAUGGGAGUUUUAGGAUGGAGAUGGUGUUCAAGGAGAACCCGUACUUUGCUCCCACAACGCUGUGGAAGCAGGUCAAGUUCUCAGAGGAUGAGGAAGAAGUGGACGUCACUGCCUCGGAGAUCACGUGGCAGGAGAAAGCUGAAGUAUCAGAAGAUCCGGCAAAGUUUGCUUUCUUCCAGUGGUUCAUCUCGACGGACGGCGACCAGGACGUAGCAGAGAUCAUUAAGGAAGAAAUAUGGAAAAAUCCUGUGCAGUACUUCGCGAUGGAUGAGGACGAGGACGACGACGACGAGGACGACGACGAAGGAGAGGAGAACGAGGAGGACGAAGGUGAAGAGGACGAGGAUGAAGAGGACCAGGAAGGCGAUGGCAACGACGAGGACGCUGAGGACAAGGAAUAG